AUGCUAUGCAACAUAUAUCUCCAGCGGGAGAUCUCCAUCUUCGGCAAGAACGGUGCCGACGGGGUGCUCCGCUGGUGGCAGAAUGCCAUCGCCACCGCGCCCCACCUCGCUGACCACCCGGCGGCCAGACGGCCAUGGAACGACGUUGGCAAGACAGCGCCGUUGUACGUGCACUACGACGGCGCCGAAGUCUUCCGCAACCAGGAGUACCACAUCUGGAGCUACGGUUCCGUCAUGUGCGACGUCGGCAGCGCCUUCGACCGCUUGUUCCCGAUUGUGUCGAUCCCGCACGCCGCGCUCGUUGACAUGAGGAACGGUGACCCAGAUAUGACGUUCAUGGAUUUCGGGCCCCUCGCACGGUGGAGAACAUCCAAGAUAACGCACGAGCAGUUCAUGCGCCUCGAGCCUCCUGUGUACCAUUCGCCGUGGUACAUCGUUCAAGGUAUCACACUACGCACGCUCCACAGGGACUUGGCGCACGGCAUCUACCUUGGGUUCGGAAAAGACCUAGCUGCAAGCGCUGUCGUGCUGUGGCUCUACACUGGCGGGUUAGCGCGGUGGUGCUCCGAGAAGUUCGAAGCACAUAACGUGACGCACGAUAUGGCCCUCGACUUGCUCUUCAAACACUACAGGGUAUGGUGCGCAGAUCGCGGCGUCACAAAAUGCCGCCUUUCCUGGAAUUGCUUUACUUUGCCAUCGAUGGGUCGCGAGCGGCUGAAUCAGAAGGAGUUCCCGUGUCUUUCGGGCAAGGUGAAGGCCAUUGCUUGCAAAUGCAUCCUGCACUACCUUGCCUGUGUGUCGUGUGACAUCUACGACUACGACGGCACUGACGACCACAGUGCGCUUUGUGGCUGCCUCUGUUCGUUGGUUGCGUACGUCCACCUGCUUGACUCCGCCGGCUACUGGCUGACCGACGCUGAGUGCCGCGAUAGCGAUUAUCAUGGCCGACGGCAUCUGCAACUCUACCACGCGCUAAGGACGAUCUCGAGGCACCUGGAGGCUGAGCUUGUUCAGGAAAAUCCAGGAGACACCAUAUUCAAGCGCAUGGAGAAGUGGACUGCCGCGCCUCUGUCUCCACAGGCCAAGGCUGCGUGCAGCUGGACGAUGCUCAAAGAGUGUCUCAGUGCUCUGCCGCCCUCAUGGCAGGCCUCGACAAUUAAGACGGUGGUGGGGGGUUGGACGACGGAGCGGACUAAGGCGGGGAGGGGGCGGGGGAAAGGACGGGGCAAGGGCUGGGCGGCGUCAGAGCGGGCACCGCGCGCCCAGGUCCAGGCUGUCCAGAAGGUGUACAGCGAGUGGUGCGUCAAGGCCACCGAGAUCAUCCUCGCCUCGCGGGUCGAGCGUCCGGGCCCCGGCGACCCCUCGCAGCAGCAGGCGGCCGUCGGCGCCACGUUCCAGGGCCUGAAGGUCCAGGAGCGGUUCGACGUGCGCAAGGAGGACGUGGCGCAGCCCGAGUUCUUUCAGCUGAGGUCACAUCGUUCCUUCCAGGUGGAUAUUUUCCACAGUGGCACGCCCAGAGACCGCGCUGGGACUGCCGAGGAGGAGGAGGCGAGCAAGUUCCUCGAGAGGUGGACGUUCUCAUUUUUCCCUGCCGGCGCCGAGCCGAUUGUCCCUGACAGGCACAACCAGAUGCUCGUGCGCAAGCUGAACGUUACCUUGCGCUCGUUGCUCUGCUUCACGCGGCUGCUUCCAGGGCACUCCUUCUGCAGGAGUAUGCGGGGUGGGCAGUUGCACUGGCGCUUCCACGUGGAGGGCUGGCCUCCUACAGCCCGUGGCCCUCCGGCGCAGGAGCUGGCCACGCAGGAUUUCGCGUCGCUGCAGAGCUCCAUCGGCGCCCUCAGGCUCUCGGUGUCGCACCGGAAGGAGCUGAAGGCCCCCCCCGCGGGCGUCCAGUUCAAGGGCACCUCCGGCUACAGCGCCCAGGGAGACCAGAUUGAGGUGGAGGAGGGCUACGUCACCGCCCCGAGCGGCGCACAGCCCGCGUCGGCGCGGGGAAGGCUGGACAAGAUCGCCGAGGAGCCCGACGACCGCGCCCCGAGCCCGCGGGGCCCGGGCGAGCCGCCGGCAGCGGGCCGGCAGGCGGCCCAGCACGUCGAGGCUGGCCCUAGCAGCGCUCGAGGGGCGCCGCCGAGGCGGGGUUCGGAGGAGUCCGUCGGCAGCAACGCGUCCGCCUCCUCGCGUGCUCCGUCCUCGCAGCUGGUGCGCGACCAGGCGGUCGCCCUGGGCAGCACCCCCCCGCUGGCGGCGGCUUGCUGGCCCGGCCAGCCGCCGCCCACCUUGGCGUGGGCCGGCAUCCACGGAGGCGACGGCUCUGGGCCCUCCUCGAGGACCGCGAGCCCGCGGAUCUCCCCGAAGCCGGGGCCCGUCUCUGAGGAGGACCCGUCAGCGGCGCUUGUGACCUCCGCAGUGCUCCGCCAGGAGCAACUCAUAUCUUUCCCGGCGGACUGGAUUCUUUCCCUGUAA